AGCUGCAAAUGUUAAAUGCAAAGGCUGAGCGCCGGCAGGAAGUCCUGGAGACGCACCUGUGAGACUCCUGCCUGCCCCCAGCUGAAUGCAAAUACUGAGCGCAAAGAGCGCAGCCGUGCGUCCCAGCAGCCUGCCCCCGCCCCCUGCCCAGGGGCCCAAUCCCACGUGCUGCUGGCUACCGCCUCCUCGCAGCCCGACGGGGCGGAGACUCCUGCCUGCCUGGGCUGGAAGAUGGCGCGCCUCUCGGCCCCGCAGCUCGUGGAGUUGGCCGUGCACGCCGCCGCUUUCCUCUGCGGGAUCAUCUGCGCCUCCGCCCUCACCGUCACCCAGGGGGAAUUUGGCAGCCAGUGUAUCCUCUACGGUUCCGUCAUUUACAACGGGACGUUGAUUUUGAGCUCCUCCAGUCACAUCUCUCUCUGCUACUUCGUCUCUGGCGUCUCCAUCCUCGCGGCUCUCUUCUCCUUCUGUGUUCUGCUCCUGGGCAUCUACAGCUGUUUCAUUGGUGAUGGACAGUGGGAUCGCGUGUGGCUCAAAGGGUCUCUGAUGCUCGUGGGUGCGGUUCUCUUCUUCUUGCUGAUCUCGGCCUGCGUUCUUCGGGUUGGGAUGGAUACCCUCUGUGGGUCCAUUCAGAAGUCUGUCGCGGCAAACAGUUGCCAGGAGGCUCAACACCGCCCGUGGGUCCCUCCUUACCACGCGGAAAGAUUCUAUGACAACCUCUACACUGCAGAGGCGGCCGCCUGGGUGAACCUCUUCUUCUGGUGCCUGACACUGAUCUUGCUGUUGGUGGAAUUCUGCACCGGAACGCCAUCCCCGCCUCCGCAAGAGGGCGGCCUCACGUGGGCUGACGAGAGGACUCAUCUUUGGGGAUAGGAGGCCGGGACCUUGGCGAGGCAAAGGAGUGGGAGGCCCUCACCCCUGGAAGGAGGACAGAGGCAGGGAUCGUCCCCACAGCUGUUUGCAGAUCAGUCUUGGAGGCCCUUCUCGCCUCCCGUUCUCAUCAGAAGCUCGAAGGAGAGGGCUCUCGCUCUUGCUCUCUCUGCCACGGUGUGCCAAAGGGGUGGAUCUUUCCAGUGGCAGCCUCCGUCAGUUUCCUGCAGACAGAUAGUGCUUGGACUACCUUUAAAAGUACAUAUUUUGUCCUGAGAACUGGAGGGUGGGGUGGGGAAGGUGGAGCAAGGUCUGCCUCUUGGUCAUAAGAGACGUAAGACAGUGCCUUCUUUUCCAUGAACCCCAAGGUCUGGUUGCAGUUCCCACUGGCUCGUUCGGUGGUGACCCCCAACUGGACCUCCUCUAGGGUUGCCCCAGGACUCUGGAACGCACUCCCCAGUGAAACCAGAACCUUCUCAUCUCUGGCUGUUUUUAAGCUGCUCCUGAAAACGCACCUCUCUUAUCUGGCUUUUAGUUUAUAAUGUUUUAAGUUUUAUUGAUGGCGAUUUUGAUUUGUUUUAUAGGAUUUAAGGUUUUGAUGGGUGUGUUCUAAUUUGUAAACCGCCCAGAGAUUUUAUAUAAGUGCAGCCAGUAAAUAAAAUGGUACUCUCCCACAGAA